UAAUAUUGGAUUUAAACCGAGUCCAUUGAAGAAUUUGGUGGGUUAACCAGGCCCAACUUUGCAAGCCCACUUCCUCACCUGCUUCGUUCAGUUCACAACACCGCAAUCCCUAAUCCCACAUUUUUCCUUCUUCCUUCACCAGUAACCGAAAAUUGCAGGUCCAAAUCUUACCUCGUGCAGGGUGAUGGUGCUAGUUUGUUGAAAGAGCAUAUUUUUUCAACAUCUUGGUUUCAUACUAUUUUGAUUGAACAAAGAGAUGAGGUUUACCCCCCUUUCCAGAUUAAUUUGCCGCCUUCCUCGGCCUGAUACAUGUGGGCCUUUGCAAUCUCGUGCCUUGCAGACUGAUUUUGUUCCUAAAGAUCCUCAGGCUAAGCCAAGAAAGUACAAAAUUCCUCAGUUCUAUGAUCCCUAUGGCCCCAGACCUCCUCCCUCAGAAAAAAUCAUUCAGCUUGCAGAAAGAAUUGGAGCACUAUCUGAAGAAGAACGCUGUCAAAUUAUGCGUACUUUGGCAGAAAGAUUAAAGCUUCCAAAGCUGCAGCCAAUUUCCACAGAAGGCAUGGACUUGGGUCCAGAAAGUGGUGCUGCUGGACCAAAGGUAGAGGAGAAGAAGGCAGAGAAAACAGCUUUUGAUGUAAAGUUGGAGAAAUUUGAUGCCGCUGCAAAGAUCAAGGUGAUUAAGGAGGUAAGAGCAUUUACUACCCUAGGAUUGAAAGAGGCCAAAGAUCUUGUUGAAAAGGUUCCAGUUGUGCUAAAACAAGGAGUCACAAAAGAGGAGGCAAAUGAGAUGAUAGAAAAAAUAAAAGCUGCUGGAGGAGUUGCAGUCAUGGAAUAGAAUUCUGAUUGUUGGUUGAGAUCACAUUUUUUCCUUAAUGUCCAGUAUGUUUUUUUAAGUUGCCAUACGCAUGGUGAAUGGAUGUUGGAAGAAAAUUCUGAAGGCACGAAGCAGAUUUAAUGGUCAAGAAUCAAUUGUUGAAUAAUCUAUUUGAAUCAUUUUUUGCUUAGUUGAGUUUUCUAGUUAAUUACUGUAUAACUUGUAACCGUUAUGUUGCUUUGACAUUUGGAACACUCCUUUUGCCUAUCCUCCGCACACAUCUUUUCUUCAAGAUGAAAAUUUUCUGGGAUCAUAGAGAAUUUUUUUAUUUAUCACUUUUAUGGAAUUUCAUCUAGUUCUCUGA